AUGUCUGUGACCAAGUUGCCUGUAGUGUCCCAAACCUCCUUAAAGAGGCGAGGUGGGACUGGCUGCUUUGAAGAAUUUGAUGAGACACUUUCAGUCCGUCCCUUUUCCACCUGCGCUCCGCCCUACGGCACCGGGCUGCGCGUGUCGUUAAACCGUGGCUCUGGUCUGGGCUUCGGGCGCGUGACUUUCAAAGGAGCUACAGUGUUUAAAACGCCGGAGGGUCAGGGCAGAGGAGUGGACCUGGGUGUUGUUUGUGUUUCAGGUUGUUGGGGGAGGAGCUCGACCCCGAGUCCCGACUACGACUACAACUCCACCUUCUACUACAGCUUCUACAGUAACGCGUCUCACGAUGUUCUGGAGGAGUUUCUAAACGACAUCGACGACAUCGACGACGUGGAGGAGGAGACGGUUACCAUGGAAACGUCCUCGGAAACGCCCACAACAACAACAACAACAACAACAACCAGGGGCGGAGUCAGCGGAGCCGCAUCACUUCCUGUGUGUGCGGAUCCAAAGACUCUGAUGUGGAUCCUGAUCCUGAACGCAGCAGCAACAGCCCAGAACUAAACCAGGACUAAACCAGGACUGAACCAGGACUAAACCAGGACUAAACCAGGACUAAACCAGGACUGAACCAGGACUGA